CGUACCACACCCACACACAGCUGAGGUUAUAAGUGAAGUCCUUCAUGAUGUACUGUUGGAUUGGCAUAUUGACAAGAAGGUCUCGACGGUCACUCUUGACAACUGCAGCACCAAUGACAAUGUUAUGAAAGAAAUGCAAGAUAAGAUGCCUCUCCCCUCUCUUAUGCUUAGGGGUAAAUUGAUGCAUAUGCGUUGUGCUGCACAUAUAAUCAAUCUUAUUGUGAAAGAUGGAUUGGGUGCAAAAGAUGCAAUGGGUGUAAAAGUAGUAGAAGAGGCAAUAGGGAGGAUCCGUGAAACUAUCGCCUUUUGGUCAGCCACACCCAAAAGACAUGAACGAUUUGAAAGGGCUGUUUUACAAGAAGGCAUUAAAUAUGAUAAAAAAAUAGCUCUUGAUGUUAAAACAAGAUGGAAUUCUACGUACCUAAUGCUUAAUGUUGCACUAAAUUACAUACAUGUGUUUGAUCGUCUUGCAAAGAAAGAAAAAUUAUGUUUUUCUUUUCGACCUACAGACCAAGAUUGGGAAUUUGCUAGGUAUCUAUGUGAUAGGUUAAAGCUAUUCUAUGAUACAACUGAAUUACUAUCUGGUACUUCUUAUGUCACAUCAAACUUAUUUUUUCCCAAAGUGUGUGGUAUUUAUCUGGCCAUUCAAAAGUGGGAAGCUAGUGACAACUCUAUCAUAGAAAGCAUGUCAGCAGCCAUGAAGGAAAAGUUUAUGAAGUAUUGGAUGGAUGUUCAUGGUCUGAUGGCUGUUGCCACCGUUCUAGAUCCUCGACGUAAAAUGAAGUUCUUGUAUGCCAUGUACACCCAAAUAUAUGGACCUGAGGAUAUGUUUGGAGAAGUAAAGAAAAUUAAAGAUUUGUUGAUAGAUUUGGUGAAGGAAUUUGAAGGUUCCAUGGAAGGUUUUGGUGCAACUGAUGGUAUUGUGGCUGGUGGUAGUAGCAAAAAAGAACUAAAUGAGGGUGAUGCUGAGGUGAAUGAAAUAUUUGAUAAGUACAUGGCUUCUGAACAAACUGUGCCGACAUCUUUUGUGUGCACAGAAUUGGAUAUGUACUUGGAAGAGGAUAUGCUGCCAAGAACUCUUGAAUUGGAUGUCAUUGAUUGGUGGAAAGUUGGAGGGUUGAAGUAUACUACUUUGAGAAAGCUUGCUCGAGAUAUCCUAUCAAUUCCUGUGACAACAGUUGCAUCCGAGUCCGUCUUUAGUACUAGUGGUAGAAUCAUUAGCCCACACCGUAGCAGACUUGCCCCAAACAUGGUGGAAGCUUUGAUGUGUAUGCAAGCUUGGUCUCGAGCUGAUAUGUUAGGCCCUGAAUCUUCAGCUCUUAAUGCAUUGAUGACAUGUCUUGAUGAUGAAGAAGAAGGCUUGGAAAAUUUGGAGUCUGAAAUCAUUGAUACAUGAUCCAUUAUACCAUGACUUGUGAGAUGGAUGGACUGCUGGAUGGUGGAUUGGUGGACUAUUGCCUGUUGGAACUUGGUCCCUGGAAUCUGGAUGGUGGAUUGGUGUACUGCUAGAUGGUGCAUUUCUGUUUGUGUACCUAUGUGUGUUAAAGUCAGACAAAUAGUGUGUGGAAUUUAUCUGUGCGUUCAUUUUAUCUUAGCAAAUAUUGUAAUGACUCAUUAUCUUGAGAGUUUGAGACUUGUUUCUGGA